AUGUGCCUGGAAGUCCUUAAGUCAAAAUGGGAGAUACCCCCAAGGGUGGUGGAGAAUGACCGAGCGAAGAUCCUGUGCGACCUCCAGAUACAGACGGACAAAAUGGUGGUAGCUAACCAACAUAGCGAUGUUCUGACCUCACUGUUGAGCUGCACAACACACCAAGCUCGUCUGACUGUGAGUCCCAGCAGCUCUCAGCUGUUUGAAUUAGACUUUGUGUCCCUGAGUUGUCAGGACGAUGACAGCUCUGCUGGAUGGACUCUGAGGAGAAACACAAGCAAUAAAGUGAUGAUUCAAUGUGGAAAGAACUUUGGAAGAUGGUCUGGAUCUACCUGUACGAUAAGCUACAUGUACACAUGGGACAGUGGAGUUUACUGGUGUGAGUCCAGAGAGGGUCCCAUCAGUAACAUGGUUAACCUGACAGUCACUGGUGGAUCAGUGAUCCUGCAGAGUCCUGUCCUCCCUGUGAUGGAGGGAGAUGACGUCACUCUGCUCUGUAAAACAAAGACCACUCCCUCCAACCUCCCAGCUGCUUUCUAUAAAGAUGGCUCCCUCAUCAGUAAGCAGUCUACAGGUCACAUGACCAUCCAGCGUGUUUCCAGGUCUGAUGAAGGCCUCUACAAGUGUGACAUCAGCGGUCAUGGAGAGUCUCCAUCCAGCUGGAUCACUGUCACAGGUAGACCUGCGACUACAGCCCCGCCCACAUCAGCACCUUCACCUUCUACCUCAAGCCCCCUGCAUUUUGACUUUACACUGCUUCGCUACCUGCUGGUGUUCUGUCCAUAUUUUAUCUCCACUCUUUUUGUUGCAUCUUUACAUCGACAGAGCCACAGGGAACAAUCCACCCACCAGUGAUCAUCCGAGCUCUUCGGGUCAACGGAUUGGAUGAAGAGG